AUGACAAAAGUCACAUGCCAAGAAGUUCUCAGCCUAUACCACAGGAUUUUCAGGCUUGCAAGGAGGUGGCAUGCAGCAUCAGAGGAGAUGGAGGACACCAUCAGAGAAAAGCAGUACAUUAUAAAGGAAGCCAGCAUGUUGUUCCAGAAGAACAAAAAUCUCACGGAUUCAGAACUAAUUAAACAGUGUAUAGACGAAUGCACAGCAAGAAUUGAAAUGUUAUUGCAUUAUCAGAUCCCAUAUCAAAGGUCAAUAAUAUAUCACUCAAACUUGAUUCACCUCCCUCCAAUAGCCCUCACUCCCCUACAAAGUCAUGGACUUCAAACUCAGGAGAAGCUAAGGACACUUUCCAAAUCAUUAUAUCUCAAGUCUUACAAUGAAGUUUCUUAA